AAAAAUAAUGUUUAAAAGGCUUUUAUUCAUCUUCGUAUUAUCAACCGGAAUUUUUCAAUGUUUGAGCGAGGAUGCGGACGAAUGCGAUCCCACAUCCUUGGUAUCCAUUAGGAAAAAAGGUAACAAUGAAACUGUGCACGUCAGCGGGGGAAUCUCCCUUAGCCUGAAUUGGGUCAUAACUGUAGCGGAUUUAUUCCAUAAGGAAGAAGCUGAAGAUCUGUUUAUUGGAACCGGUCCGGAAAUAGUAAAAAACUUACUAAAUUACCGCGGUCAAUUGUAUGCCGUAACCAGCAUCGUCAUCCAUCCCCAAUUCAACGAAUCCUCAUUAGCAAACAAUCUGGCGAUGUUGUAUAUAAAAAAUCCAUUAAAACACGUCACUCCCGCUCGCAUCCCGGAAACAGAAUUGGAGGAAGACAUAACGUUUACCUUCUGCAAAACCGACACGUCGCUGAUAAAAUGGACCUUAACCGAGAAUUUUUUGGAGCUGGUGUGCCAGUACGUGGGGUUCCCGAAUUUUUACGAUUGCAUUGAAAAGUACAAGAACGCCAAUAAGUUUGAAGUGACGGAAAUCGAGCACGAGUGUUUGGACGACGCCGAGAACAGGAGCGGUGAGGAGAUCAUUUUUUCGGAAAAGGGUCUACCGCUGUUUUGCAACGACACGCUGAUGGCGAUUUCCAGUUUCCGAUUGAAUAAUUACCCGCUGGUGAUUUCGCGGUUAGAUAGACAUUUAGAGUUUAUUAAAGAAAGUAUGGAAUCGGAAGAUGACACGAAUGAGAACGCUUUGAAAGCCAUGAGAAACAACGUUGGGAGGAUGGUUUUCAAUCGAUUGUUGCUCCUUUUAUUAUUUGUAAGAAACUGAACUUCAAACUAUUCAAAUAAUCCGCAAUUAUUGUCGCAAUCAAUAAGCAGAAAGAAACUACUCAUGUAGUGCUUAGAGAAAAAUUUGAGUAAAAUAAAUUUAAGUAAAAG